AUGUCUACCAAUACUGGUAUCCAAUGCCACGGCUACGGACCGAGACCGGAAUGGAUGGACAACGGAGCAUUGCAAAAGGAGAAAGCCCUGGAGUUCAAGCAAAUCGUCAGUCAGACAAAAUGGAAAAAAGGGAAGCAGAGUUUGCUUCACAGCAGACGCUCAUCGCAAGACCGCAAUCUCCACUGUAAUCAAGCAUUAGCGAGCCGACCGAAUACCAAUGAAACGCCGACUACUUCUGCACCUUAUUCAACUAACUCACAGUUGGGACAGUCUUAUUGCCUCAUGAGUGAAGAUAAGUCCAGCAAUGAAUCGCCUGAGCCGGAACGAACAACCUACCUUGAGCGAGCAUGGAAUGCACCAUCCCAUACCAGCAUUAUCCCACCUGAUUCUGUCUGUCUCCGCAACCCAGGGAACUUCGCACCCGUGACGCUAUAUUCGAAAGACGUCUCACCACGAUAUGGACCAGGAAUGUCGGCGCCUGAGUUGGCCGCUGCGCAAAUGAGCGAUAUAGAUUGGGUCGAUGUUGCGCCGCAGGAGAUAUUAGAACUGGCCAUUAAUGGAAGUAAUAACUCACCCCAGUUCGAUGCAAUGAUGUGGAGUAUGCCGCAAUAUACUACUUCUACCGUUCCGGCGGUUACAGCUCCAGAGUACUGUAUGGGUUCGUCGAAUUUGUCUCCGCUGGGGCAUACUCCGGUGUCAGUUGAUAUCACAAGAAAAUCUACAUCCAGAGCCACAAGUCCCAAAACAGCAACGCCAGACCACCAAAAGGAGGAUGCUUUAUUUAUGCAUUACCUGGAUGAUGUAUUCUAUACUCAAAACCCCUUUUACAACCCAGCGGACAAGUACAAAAGAGCUUGGUUAUUUUCAAUUAUAAAGCAAGUCAAGCCGGCAUACUAUGCAACCCUGGCUUUGAGUGAGCGGGACCUCCUCAUCUCGUCAAUGCUUCAAGACGUCGAUAUUCAGGAUUUGACAGAGCGGUUAAGGGCCAAGAAUAGCUACUAUGAUCUUGCCGUUCAAGGUCUAAAGCCAUAUUUAGACGAUGCUCAAAAUUUGCAGGUCCAUGAAGACUUGGUCCGUUGCGUGGAGGGUCUUACAUCUAUUCUUCAAGUGCUAUAUUGGGAAUUUUUUGCCGGCGGAAGCAGGAACUGGCAGAGCCUUCUUCGCUCAGCUUCUCCUCUAAUAACUCCUCUUAUAAACGCGCGAUUGCCUGAUCAAACGAGUAUCCAGUCUGAAACCCAACAAACAAGGAAAAAUUCCUUAUCCCCAGAACAGGACGGCGCCACCUGUGUCUUGCUUGGUUCUUUUAUAUCCCUGGACAUCCUAGCAUGUGCAUCUACACGAAGCACCCCUUUCCUAGAAAUCGAUCACCUUCAGGCUCUGAACCACCUUGGCAUCACAAUGGAGCGUAUGAUGGGUUGCCAAAACUCCGUCAUGUCACUUAUAUUCGAGGUUACCGUCUUGGAUAAAUGGAAGGCAGAGUCGCAGGCAACCCACAAGCUAAGCAUUGUCGAAUUGGCGAAGCGCGGUCUUCAAAUCGAGCAGCGUCUUCAACGAGAGUUGGAAAAUCUCAGCAGCACACAGUUAUCAACACAACCAUUGAAUGGCCCUUCGGUGAUCCAUUUCAUUCCGUCUCAUAUAAUAGCCACCAAGGCCUAUACUUUCGCCGCCAUUAUUUAUCUGCAUGUCGUUAUAUCCGGCCCUUAUCCCGAGCUACCAGAGAUCGCAGGACCCGUCUCUGACGCAAUAGCUCUUUUCCGAAGCACACAAGAUAAUCCAAAGUUAUUGCUGAAUAUAAUCUGGCCCCUUUGCGUUGCUGGAUGUAUGGCCGUCGAAAGCCAGCAGAGCUUUUUCCGUCACCUGGCAGCGUUAUUUGCGCAAAAGACUAGUGGUGAAUCAUUGCCACCAACAGGGACGUUUUUCGAGGCGAUGGAAAUAAUAGAGCAAUGUUGGCACACUAGGAAGAGCCUUCCUUUUGACUGUGAUUGGGCUUCGAUUAUGGAUCAGAGCGCUUGUUAUGUUUUGCUUAGGUAGAACAAUAUAGAUCCAGAUAAUAGAAUUGUUGUAUUUCG